AUGGGAUCAGCUCGCGUUCCUCUUCGGAGUCAACGCUUUUACUCCACGCCAUGGGGUUCUCUCAUCCAUGAGCCGUGCUCAGUGUCCUGGCGCAGACCAUUUUCCGGCGCAGUUCCCAAGCUCUCUGGCCACAAUCGCUGGUCCAAGAUCAAGCACGACAAAGCGCGCACAGAUGCCCGAACAAGCAAAUUGAGAACGCAACUGUCGUCUGAUAUUAUCAUCGCCUCAAGACUCGGUGGUCCAGAUCCGUCCCUGAACCCACGCCUCAAUGCCGCUAUCGUUGCCGCAAAGAAGGGCCAGCUGGCUAAGUCAUCCAUCGAGCAUGCGAUCCUCAAAGGGCAAGGAAAGUCCCCCUCCGGUGCAACCUUGGAAAACCUCAUCAUAGAAGCAAUGCUACCCCACGGCGUCGCGGCUCUUCUCGAAUGUCAGACUGACAACAAGGCUCGCACCCUGCAAGACAUACGGUUCAUCCUUUCUCGCGCUGGCGCCACGGUCACCCCCACAGCCUUCCUUUUCGAGAAAAAAGGCCGCAUCACUUUCGAACAGCAAGAGAACCAGGAGAACAAGAUUGGGGUUGACGAGGCUCUCGAAGAUGCGAUUGAGGCUGGCGCCGACGACGUCGGCACAGAUGAGGACGGCAGGCUGGUGAUCGACACGCCCCCCGAGGAUGUGAUGGAUGUCGCGAAGAAGUUGCAGCAGAAAUUGAGUCUGCGAGUAGAAAAGGCGGAGGUCGUAUACGAUCCCAACGAGGAAAGCAUGGUGACCCUCACUCCCGAACAGGAAGAGGAGGUGGGUAAAGUGCUGGAAGCCCUCGAAGACGACCCGUCUCUACAGAACCUGUAUGUGAACGCAACUUCGCAACCCGAGCCCUGA